AUGGGGACAGAUGAGAUGGCCACAAUAUACGCUGCUGAGCUUCGGGCCAUUGAGUUGGCACUGGAGACCAUUACGGAGAUACUUAACGACGAUCAACAACGACUAGCGAAUGGAGCGGUUAUCUUUACAGACAACCAAGCAGCACUGCGAGCAAUCCAAAAUCCAAAGAUGCCAUCCAGCCAGAUAUAUCUCGAAGGCUGCCUCCGCCUGCUGGAAUGGUGCGCCGGUAAGAUCCAGGUAGAACUACACUGGAUCCGGGCGCACGAAGGUAUUCCUGGCGACGAGGCAGCCGAUAUGCUAGCAAAGGAGGCAACUACUACCGACAUCAACCAUAUCCACAACCGUUAUAUCCGGCUUGCCGCCGCUGCGAAGAGGGGUAGCAGACAAAGCACAAAAAUUGCAUGGGAGACGACGUGGUCGAAGACAGGGAGGACGGCACGGAGGACGAAGAGGCUGAUCGAGGCGCCAAACAAGGCGAAUCUGGUGUACUGGAAGGGCCUACGGAAAGCGACAUCGUCAGUGCUGAUCCAACUCCGCACAGGGAUCAUCGGACUGGCCGAGUAUCUCUCAAAAAUCAAGAGAAAAGACUCACCUCGCCGUCAAUGCGACAUGGGGAACCAGGGCGUGCGACACGUGCUGCUCGAGUGUCCACUCCUGCAGGAACAGCGAUACGAAAUGAUGAACGAAUUAUUCGAGGAAGAGGUGUCGAUGACGCUCGGAGAGGAGGAGACGUUAAGGGAAGUAAAGGCGGCGCCGGUCGUGGGGAAGUUUAUGAUCGCAACGGGACUCCUGGGACAGUUUCGGUCAGUGGACUCGGUCGCCACGGGGAAGGAGAAGGGGAAAGGGGAUGAGGAUUCAAAUCCAACAAAACCAAAUCAAGAGACUGCGAGUGCUGGAGAAAAAGGACGCACAACACAGUGGCCUGGCAUCAGGUCUGCCGAGGUCACCUCACGCCAACAAAACACAUGGAGAUCAGCCAAUUGCCGACGACGAAGACGACGAAGCAUAGCGUCGCGACCCGAACCUGUUUACAUACGACCUGCCGGCAUGAUGCAGAAUGCAGAACUGGCGGUCCUGGUGAUGCAGGGACUCGGUGACUCGGGGAAGCCAAUGCGAAGGAGAAGUGGAAGAAAUGAAGGAGCGAAAGGUGCAUUGCAGAGAGAAGGGGAUAUUCUGCGCCUGCGGGGAAUGCGGGAUGGAUCAUCUACGGAUGAAUUGACUUUCUUUACAAUUUCUUUUGUCUUGUGUGCAAUGCCGGCCGGUUUGGGGCUUUACAAUUCAGGUUGCAGGGUCUCGGGAGACCGAGUCCUGUAUACAGGGUGGUUGUAUACUGGGGAUGCACCACCAUUUGUCGUCGAGAGCAGGUUCUGGGACGCAAUCCCCGCAUAG